AUGGCGACCGCAGCGAUUGCCCCCAGCACCGUUGGCAACUCCUCCUUCAAGGAUAAGGAGAAGCCGAUGGCUGUGCGCAAUGCAAACAUUCUAGCAGCUCGAGCUGUUGCUGAUGCUAUCAGAACGUCUUUGGGACCAAGAGGAAUGGACAAAAUGAUUCAAACCGGCAAAGGAAACACGAUGAUCACCAACGACGGAAACACCAUGUUGAACAGUAUGAGUGUGCUGCAUCCGGCAGCCAAGAUGCUUGUCGAUCUCAGUGCAGCCCAAGAUAUCGAAGCAGGUGAUGGUACCACCUCAGUGGUGGUUAUUGCGGGCAGCUUGUUGGGUGCCGCGGACCGACUCCUGUCCAAAGGUAUUCACCCUACGAUCAUCUCCGAAUCCUUCCAGAGAGCAGCGGGAGUAGCGGUGGAUAUUCUCCAGAACAUGUCACAACCCAUCUCUUUAUCGGACCGUACCACCCUCUUGCAAGCGGCCUCUACCUCUCUGUCGUCCAAAAUCGUCUCUCAAUACUCUAAUCUGCUGGGGCCUAUGGCCGUUGAUUCCGUACUGAAGGUGAUCGACCCUAAGACUGCGGACAACGUCGACCUUCGCAAUAUCCGUAUCGUCAAAAAAGUCGGCGGCACAAUUGAGGAUAGCGAGAUGAUUGAUGGCCUUGUGCUAAACCAGCCUGUUAUCAAGAGCGGAGGAGGCCCAACAAGGAUUGAGAAGGCUCGGAUAGGAUUGAUCCAAUUCCAACUUAGCCCACCCAAGCCAGACAUGGAAAACCAAAUCGUCGUCAACGACUACCGUCAGAUGGACAAAAUUCUCAAAGAAGAACGACAGUACCUUCUCAACAUGGUGAAGAAGAUCCAGAAAUCAAAGUGCAACGUGCUACUCAUCCAAAAAUCGAUUCUACGUGAUGCCGUCAACGAUCUUUCCCUCCACUUCCUCUCUCGUCUCAAGAUCCUUGCCGUUAAAGACAUUGAACGUGACGAAGUCGAAUUCUUGUGCAAGAGUUUGGGAUGCAAGCCUAUUGCCAACGUUGAUUCAUUCACCGAAGAUAAGCUUGGAACCGCUGACCUCGUAGAGGAAGUCCAGUCCUCGGGAGCUCGAUAUCUGAAGGUCACUGGCAUCAAGUCACCGGCUGCGACGAACCAAACCGUUUCGAUCGUGGCUCGUGGUGCUAACAACCUUAUCCUGGACGAAGCGGAGCGAUCCCUCCACGACGCGCUCUGUGUCAUUCGAUGCUUGGUGAAAAAGAAGGCUCUCAUUGCCGGUGGCGGCGCUCCUGAGGUUGAAGUCGCCCACACUCUUAGCAUGAAAGCACGUGAGCUUUCGGGUACGGAGUCGAUCUGCUGGAAAGCCUUCGCAGACGCUAUGGAAGUGAUCCCGACUACUCUCGCUGAGAACGCAGGUCUUAACUCGAUCAAAGUCGUGACAGACCUCCGCCACCGACACGCCCAAGGCGAGCACAAUGCCGGUGUCAGCAUCCGCAGCGGUGGCGUCAAAGACAACAUCACAGAGGAAAAUGUUCUACAGCCUCUGCUGGUGAGCACUAGCGCUAUUGAGCUUGCGGCAGAGACGGUGAAAAUGAUUCUUAGAAUUGACGAUAUUGCUUUGUCGCGGUAA